GCGAGCGGGAGACGGGGAAGGCGGUCUCGACUCCCCACUAUGACAGAACGGGAGGGGUGGGAGCAGCUGAAGCCGGCCCUUCCUCCUCCUCCUCCUCCUCCUCCUGGGGCUCCGCCGCCGCUCUAGUAUGAGCCGCCGCCGCCACUCCCCUCUCAGGGCUGUCACUCGGGACGAGGAGACGAGCCGGAGGGGCGGGACAGGAGGGUCGGCGCCUCUUCUUAAUGCACCUGGCCGGGGAUCCCCCAGCGGGGAGAAGCAGGCGGCGGCGGGCGGCGAAGGAGCGACUCAUAGCCGAGCUGGCGGCGAUCGGCUACGGCGAGGAGCGAGAAAGAUGCCCGCGGUAGCCCAUGCAGCUCGGGUUGGCUCGAGGGGUCCUCCGGCCGUCGCCCCGCGGGGGCCUGUGGCGAGGGAGCCUGGCUGUCGUCCUUAGCGGCGGGUAGGCGCGCAGAUAGAGCGGCCACAGGCAGCCCUCGCGUUCGCGCCCCACAGGACUGCAUGCCUGCUCUUCGCCCCGCGCUCCACCAUGGGGAGUCCGUUCUGGCACCUCGUGUUGCUGGGCUGCUCGGCAGCGGCUGCAGGAUUGAGUGGUAUUCUUGGAACUGGGUCGCACUGUGAGAAGGCAUGCAAUCCUCAAAUGGGAAACCUAGGUUACGGACGUCAGUUGUGGACAGAUACAACAUGUGGAUACAACUCCACAGAACUUUACUGUUCCUACAGUGAAAAUACAGACUUCCUAUGCAAAUGGCCUACGUGUAGCAAAUGCAACUCUAUGAAUGCACAUCUGGCUCAUCUACCUUCUGCCAUGGUUGAUUCAUCUUUUAGGUUGCCACACACAUGGUGGCAGUCAGCACAAGGAGUGCAGAGGGAGAAGAUCCAGCUCAACUUGGAAACUGAAUUUUAUUUCACUCACUUGAUCAUGAUAUUCAAAUCACCAAGACCAGCAGCCAUGGUCCUGGAGAGAUCUCAGGAUUUUGGGAAAACUUGGAAACCUUAUAAGUAUUUUUCCAUCAACUGCUCAGCAACCUUUGGGCUGGAUGAUGAUGUAACUAAGAAAGAGGCACUUUGCACUUCAAGAUACUCCAGCCAUUUCCCCUGCACUGGAGGAGAGGUUAUAUAUCGAGCUCUGUCACCUCCAAACUCUGCUGAUGACCCUUACAGUCCUAAAAUUCAGGCACAGUUGAAAAUCACCAACCUUCGAGUGCAACUGCUGAAGCGACAAUCCUGCCCAUGUCACAGCAAUGAUCUGAAUGCAAACCCACCACAGCUGACUUACUACGCAGUCUAUGAUUUUAUUGUGAAAGGGAGCUGCUUCUGCAAUGGCCAUGCGGAUCGCUGUGUGCCUGUUAAAGAUUUUAAGGCUGUUAAAGCAGCAGGAGUCUUCCAUGUGGUCCAUGGGAGAUGCAUUUGCAAACAUAAUACUGCAGGAACUCAUUGUCAGCAUUGUGCUCCUCUUUACAAUGACCAGCCCUGGCAUGCUGCAAAUGGCCGAACAGGAGCUCCAAAUGGAUGCAAAUCUUGUAAAUGCAAUGGGCAUUCUGACACUUGUCACUUUGAUAUGGACACCUGGCUGGCAUCAGGGAACCAAAGUGGAGGCAUCUGUGACAACUGUCAACACAACACUGAAGGGCAACACUGUGAACGUUGCAAGCCAGGCUAUUAUCGAGAUCUUAGAAAGCCUUUUUCUGCUCCAGACACCUGCAAAUUGUGCUAUUGCAACCCCAUUGGAUCAGCUGUGCUUCCUUUUAGCAACAGCACUUUCUGUGACCCCAGCAAUGGUGAUUGUCCCUGCAAACCUGGAGUGACUGGUCCUCAGUGUGAUACAUGUAUGGUAGGAUACUGGGGGUUUGGACAUUAUGGCUGUCAACCAUGUGAUUGUGCAGGAAGCUGUGACUCAAUCACUGGAGACUGCAUCAACAGCAAUGCAGACAUAGACCGGUACCAUGAAAUCCCUGAUCUCCAUUCUGCACAUAACAAGAGUGAAGUAGCAUGGAAGUGGGAGGAUGAACAAGGAUACUCUGCCCUUCGACAUUCAGGAAAGUGCGAAUGUAAAGACCAAGUUCUGCAAAAUUUUAAGAUCUUCUGUGCCAUGAAAUAUACAUAUGUGGUAAAGGCAAAGAUUUUGUCUGCUCAUGAUAAAGGGUCUCAUGCUGAGGUCAAUGUGAUGAUCCAGAAAGUACUGAAAUCUACAAAAUUUAAGAUUUUCCGAGGAAAACGGAUUCUUUACCCAGAAUCAUGGACUAACAGAGGUUGCACCUGCCCAAUACUUAAUCCUGGUCUGAAAUAUCUUGUGGCUGGAUAUGAAGAUGUUCACACAAGCAGACUGAUAGUCAAUAUGAAAAGCUUUGUUCACCAGUGGAAAUCAGCUCUGGGGAAAAAGAUCUUACAGAUUUUUAAAAAAUGUAGCUGAAGAUGCCAAACAGGGCAUUUGUUUAUCCAUUAAAUGUAAAACUUUAUGAACAACCUCUGAGAUUAAAACUGGAAUGUUAAGGGAAUAGUGCCAAAUAUAGUGUAAAAAGAAUUUUAAUUCACCACCCAUUCACCCUGACUCAAAACACCACAUUUCAGAUUGCAGAAACAGUUUGGAGCUUCCUUACACAGCCCAGUUUUCUAGGCAAUUAGAUGAAAAGUGUGAACUAGAUGUAACAAUCAACAAGUGAGGUAAUAGGGUAUACAUCCUUUUCUGCAGCUCUGCCCUUUCCAUUUUAUCAACAAUCCUCAGUUUGGUGCGUUCAAAGAAUCUUUUGAACAGAAUUUUCUCACUGGCCUUUUCUGGACUGGACCAAUCUACUUAGAAGUAAAGCCCAUUAAUUUAGUAGAAUUUGCCUUACCAUCAUUUCCUUAAAGUCCUCAUAAUCAAUAUUUAAUGUCCAGUUUAAAUGCUUUAUUUGAUCCACAAAGAGGUGUAUGGAUAGGACUCAAAACAACUGAGUUAUUUAGAAGUUGAAGCUUUCAUUUUCUUCUUUGAAAAUAUGUGUAAACACUUGUGAUGGAUAAAGUAAUUGCUGUUAUUUGUACUGGUGUAAUGAGCAAGGUUAACUGGAUGCUACCCUAGUGUAUUAUAAUCAUAAAGGAGAAUUUGCUUAGAUUUAUAUUCAGGUUUCUGUGGGUACAAAUGGAAAUUACCAAUAUUUUAAUGGUCAAAUUCUAUUGGAAAGCAAAUAGAGUUGCGUCCUGACUUGGUUUAGUCCCACUGAAAUCAGUGGACCAAGUUAAUAAUGACCAAUUUAAUACUCAUUGAUUUUAGUGACAUUAAGCUAUAACUAAUUUAUUUUGCAUCCAGUUCAUAAAUCUGUAAUGUCAUGAUAACUAAUCAGAAUAUGUCUUUCUCCAACUGAUAUCCAAAAGGUAUUUUAUAAAAGCAGUUCAUAGGCUGUCACUGAAGUACAAAAGAGUGCUAACUCAAAUUUUGCAGUCAGUUAAAUCAAUGCAUUGCGUUUUGGGGGUGGUGAGGGGUGUUGUUGCAAUCAUGAGCACUUGAGACAACAGAUAAACAUAGAAUCUAUCCUUUUACCAGAAUUUUGACUUCAAGUAUUUCAUGUAUAAAGCACUUUAUUGUCUGCCCCCUUCCAGGGUGAGCAUUCUAAUACUGGGGAACAGGGACAGCACAGGGGGAAAGAAUGUAGGAACAGAAUCAUGCCAAACCUACUAGGAUAAUUGCUUUCCAUAAGACAUACAAAAGCCAUUCAGAAAAGCUAAAGAUAACUUGUGAAAAACAGUGGAGCCCCAACUUCAAAAGAAUAAUUUGAUUCCCUUGAUACCAGCUAUGGUGAGACUUCAUAAACAUCAAAACAAGAAUAAUGAAAGUUCUACUUGUUAAAAUGUGGUGAACUUGUCUAUCAUUAUGCUGGACUUAGUUUCUGUUUUUGUAAUAUUUAAACCGUUUUCUUAAGUUAUCAUCUUCUGUUUCUACAUGUAGCACAUGCUUUUCCAAAAUUGCACAAAUUUAUGUAUCAAGAAUUUCUUCACUAGUGUCUACACCGUUCUGUUAACACAAAACACUAGUAUAAAAAUAUCCUAUUUAUAUGAACACACAAAAAAUAAAGGAAGAGGCACAGUACAAUGUAAACAAAA